AUGAGCAGGCCUCCUGUUGGAACGGAAGUGAGGCUGAUUUCCAAGACGAUGUGGAGAAAUAUAAUCGGACAAAGUAUCUUCCAACUAGCUUUACUUUUAGUUUUUGACUUCACUGCAAAUCAGAUUCUGAGGCUCGAAGGUUCAGACACCACAAUAGCUCUCAAUACUUUCGUUUUCAACAUAUUUGUGUUCCGUCAGGCACUCACUGUAAGCUUUAUUGCAGUAUAUGAUGCAUUUGCUGAUGCCUUCUUGCUCUGGAUAUUUCUAGGUGUAAUAAUUUCCAACGUCAUUUUCCAAGUUGUCAUCGAUGAGUUUUUAGACAUAUUUGCAAGUACUACACAACUGGAACUAUGGCUGCUCAACGUCUUAAUUGGUGAUGGGAGCCUGCUUGUUGCAGUAAUUUUGAAGUUGAUACCUGUUGAAAAGAAGAACACCAAUCAUCAUUACGGUUACAAUCUACUGCUUAAUGGUCCAGAACUUGCCUAA